UUUCUGCUUCGAUUGACGCUACUCAGUGUAGCAACUGUAUCGAAGAAGAGCGCUAUAUUGGACCGACAAGAGAUCAAAACUCGCGAAAAGUUUCUUUUAGACACCAUGAAAGCAGCGCCUUACAAUCCAACUACGACCAGACUUAAAGAAGCGAUUUGCGACGGGAGAAUGUAUCAAACUCGGCACCUUAUUGAGAGCGGAGUGGACCUGAAUUUUGUGGACGAACAGGGUUUGACUCCUCUUAUGCAUGCCGCGCAGUUACCUGACGAGAAAUGUCGCACACGUAACAGCUUACUCAAACUCUUGCUGCAGCACGGUGCGAAUGUAAACAUCGUUGAUAAAAAGGGCCGACAUGUGCUGUCUAGGGCUUGCAUCGACGACAAAGAAGAUAUUGUUAGACUACUGGUUAAUGUCGCUAAACAGGACGUUGAUUUGAACCAACGAGAUUUCGACGGAAACACUCCAGUCAUGCACUCCGUUCGCACAGGUAACGCCACUUUAGUGAAAUUUAUAGUUAGCGAACUGAAUAAGUUUCAAGUUGACAUAGAUGUUCGAAAUCUCGAAGACAGAACACCUUAUUUGGAGGCCAAACGACUGGGGAAUGAAGAGUGUGCGACUAUCCUGUUGACUGACGGGAAUGCGUCAACAAAUAUUCAGGUGAAUCCUUUUUUGGAUUUUAUGAGCGUAAAAGAAGAGAAAUCUUACAACGGCACUGUGCGAGUUGUCGAGGAAAGUAAAUAUGCUGCGAUUAGCAACUCUGCUGAGAGGAAACAAUCUAAUCCCCGGAAUAUUCAAAAGAAACACACUCCUACAAAGAAGACCCCUACUUCGAACGGCGAGAAAUCGUCUUCAAACCACGAAAGGGUCUUGAAAAGGAAGACAAGUUCACCCAGAAAAAUUUCAAGUGCAAAUUUAGAGACUGUAGACACCAAACACAAGGAAAAGUCUCAGUAUGCCCGCCGGCGUAAAUAUGCGUGGCAUGAGAGAAUUAUGAAACACCCGAUAUCACGCAAGGAGGAAGUUGAGAAAGUAUUAGAAUUGGCCACAACAGAAUUAGACAGGGGGGCGGAUAACGCUAACCCAGACGGCAUCAGUGAACUCAGUUGCUCAUUUGACACUAAAAAAUCUUUUAUUGAAAGACAAGCAAUCGCAAAUUCUAAAGGACAAACGCGUCGGGUGAUAAAUACAAUGGCAAAUGCUACUUCCGUUCGAGCGGACACAAUUCGGCGAAGUCAAAAUAUCAACACAAAGUUGCAUCCAAAUUCUGUUGUUGGCCGGAAAUCGAAAGAAAUUUUCAUAACACGCAAUCAUAAUCGUUUGUACCCUUCGCCAAAAACUUCGGAAAAUGCUGCUGUGGACGACGAGUACAGCUGGUAUUCGCACUUCAGUGUCUAUAAUUCCCCAUCGGUGUCUUUUCUCACUAAAAUAAUGGCCAUUUAUGCGGAGCAAAUGUCCCCCGACUCUUCUUUUCGUUUCGGUGCCGGCCCGGAGAGGACUACGAAGAAACCCGACGAGCCGAUGGUGCCAAAGAUCUCUGUCGUAGCUAUGGGGGCCAAUGAAGACCUGCGAUCCGAAGGAGGUCGUUAUUCUCCAUCAAGGUCAGCGCUGUCUAGCCGGUGCAACAGUGCUUCAAGCACCACCUCGAAUCGUAGAUUCCAGUCGGCUGUAUCAAGAACAGUUGCAUCAUAUUUAUCAGGGAAAAGAUCUCUUUCAACGCUCAAAGUACAAGAUGUAGAUUUCUGAUUAGUACGUGGCCUGUCCAGCAAAAGCUUGACAGGACAGGACAAAGACAGGUUUUGAGUGUUAAGUGGUUGCUUAAUUCAAGCAGCUAUUUUCAUUCAUUUUUAAACCAACCAAAGUUAUUCAGCUCACUAAACAAUACACUCAUUUUCAUAUGGAGUUUUUGUUUGUCACAAAUUUGUUGCACCGAUUAGCUUUCCAAUUAGGAUUCAUGGUAGUUUAUAAGAAAGAAGAUUUGCAUCAUUUUAUUUCACUGUAUAAUAAGUUGGGCUUAUGAAUUGUUCGAGACAAAGAAAGGAACAACUCUAGCUAAAAGAAAAUCAGUGAUGCAGAACAUAACACUCACGCCACACUGUUAACCUACGGUCUAAGAUAAAACGAACUCUCUUUUUCCUUA